UCUUGCUGUGACUGACCUAGAGGGACCAUACUGUAUGUGUGCAUUGACCUCCAGGAAUGUGGAAAUAGUGUUUGGUGUGGAGUGUACAGCAAUCAAGACACAUUGUGUAGAUCUAGACGACAUGGGUGUGCGAAUGAUUUAAUUAAAAAUAUAUAAUAUAUAUAUUUAACCUUUAUUUAACUAGGCAAGUUAAGAACACAUUCUUAUUUACAAUGACUGCCUAGGAACAGAAAGGAGCAUAAGAGCGAGAACAAGAAUGAUAAGGGAGUCAAGGAGCUUUGGGACUAUCAUUAUUUGGUUAACACAGACACGAGACAAAACGUAGAAUAAAGGAUUUCCUUAUAUCACAGAACAGAAAGAACCACACUGUCCUCUCCUAUCAGGUGUCCCAGAGUGUUUUCAAGGUAUUUACCCCCGGUAUUUACCCCCUUCUCUCUCCGUUCAACAGCUGCCCUCAGUGUCACCAGCACAGAAACUUAAUUACCACAAGGGACAUUCCCAUUUAAGUCAAUGUUCUGUGUAGCCAUGAGUGUGAAAUUGCCGUGGACUGACGGGCUUUGUCCAUUCUAGUUUUCCUAUUUAUAUGGACUUCAGACAAGCACCAAGCACUGUAAAGCGAGCAUCAUUGUUCUCCUUUCCGAGGUUAACAACAGCAGGAGCAGGACGGAAGGGCAGAGGGAGCACCUUCUUCCUCCCUAAAGUACCCCCAGCUGCCAAGACCCCAGUCAGGUACAUUGUCCUGGUGCUGAUCUAAGUAAGACGGGGCCUGCAAAGUGCCAACAAGCACUGAGGAAAACCAUAAUGAGCUGGUCUGGGGUAUUUAUUUUUAACACUGACAGCAGGACUGCUUGGCCUGCUGGGUGUGAGAAAAAACGAUGGAAGAGUUUUUUUCUCAAAGCGCAGAGAGACUGGUUUUCUUGAGUACGGCGAUUUCCUUUUAAGUGCCGUGGCAGUAGGAAAUCAUAUUGUUUGACAUUGCUUCCUCGACUGCCUAGGGGGGAGACAGGAUGGCGACCAAGACUCCUCAGACAGAAAUGCAAAGGGAGGCCGUUCCAGAGGUGUGGUGUGUGACGGGUGAUGGCCGACUGGAGUCUCCUGGGCAACUUCUUGGAAGAGGUGCAGGAGCACUCGACGUCUGUGGGCAAGGUAUGGCUCACCAUCCUCUUCAUCUUCCGUAUUCUGGUCUUGGGCACGGCUGCCGAGUCGUCGUGGGGCGACGAGCAGGAGGACUUCACCUGCGACACGGAGCAGCCCGGUUGCGAGAACGUUUGUUACGACACGGCCUUCCCCAUCGCCCACAUUCGCUACUGGGUGCUGCAGAUUGUCUUCGUGUCCACGCCGUCGCUCAUCUACAUGGGCCACGCCAUGCACACGGUGCGCAUGGAGGAGAAACGCCGGCGCAAGGAGCAGGAGGACCAGGGGGGAGGUGACGGGGAGGAAGGAGGAGGGGAAGGCGGAGAGGAGAAGCAUUAUCUGGAGCACGGGGAAGAGAAGGGGGGAGAGUGCGGGAAGGAGGGCAGCGGCAUAGGGAGGGUGCGUCUGCGCGGGGCGCUGCUGCAGACUUACGUGUUGAGCAUCCUGAUCCGGACGCUAAUGGAGGUGGUCUUCAUCGUGGUGCAAUACAUCCUCUACGGGGUCUUCCUCAAUGCCCUGUACGUGUGCCACAGCCGGCCCUGUCCACACCCGGUUAACUGUUACGUCUCGCGGCCCACGGAGAAGAAUGUGUUCAUCGUGUUCAUGCUGGCCGUGUCGGGCGUGUCGCUGUUUCUCAGCGCCGUGGAGCUCUACCACCUGGCCUUUAAGCAGUGUCAGAGGUUUCUGAGGAGGAAACGACAACAGCAGCAACAACAGCAGCAACAGCUGCUACAAGGACGCACGCCUUCAAGUGCUACGGUCAUCACUGCUGAACCUGACAGCCCACCCCGUCCAUCCAUGCCCUGCACCCCACCCCCAGACUUCAGCCAGUGUGUUAGCUCUUCCCCUCACACACACCCCAUGCACUCCCAAUCCCACCCCCAUCCUAGCUGCCCCCCCUUCAACAACCGGCUGGCCCACCAGCAGAACUCAGUCAACAUGGCCACUGAGCGCCACCGUGUUGUCCACAAUGACCUUGAAACGGAAGACUUCCUGCACGUGACCUAUGAGGGGCAUGCCGACACGCCCAACGCCUGCACCCCGCCCCCUUCGCUGCUCCAAAACGGCUUCCAAAAUGGUUUCCUGAAGGACAAGAGGCGUCUGAGCAAGAUCAGCGGCUCCAGUAGCCGUGUGCGACCCGAUGACUUGGCUGUAUAGCUCCAAUUCCCAACACACACACUGUCCCUGGAUCGUUUCAAACACACACACACAAGACUGGGAUGACUAUUACUCAUCUGUUGUGGGGGACUAAUUUGAACACUGCAUGGCACAAGUCAACGAAGUCACAAAGUAUCACAAGUCAUGAAACGGAAUACUCGAAC